AUGGGCGAUAACAUGUCCGAGGCGGAUAAGGUUAGUUUGAUCUUCAUGCUGUUUAUUACAUGUCUGUCUAUCCUAGAGCUAAUAAAAGCUAUUCUACAGAUCCGCAGCAAACGCCUAGCAAAGCUUGCGAGUGCGAAUCCACCAACGUCCGCGGAAACAAGCAGUGAGCCGUCAUCCGCGGCCUUGACCCCUCAGGCCCCAGAAGCAUCGCGACCACAGUCCGGCGAGACUGUCGCACCUUCAACACCAAGGUUAGAACGAGAAGGAUCAGAAGGGAAGCGAAUCAAAAUCACGCCGACGUCCGCAGCGCCCGCCGAGCAGCGACCGCAAUCCGGAACAGUGACACCCGUCUCGAACACCCCACCUCCGCCCAAACAAGAAGACACACUCGAAGCAUUUGAAGACCGGACAUUAAGCGCCGUCUUCAAGCUUACAUUAGAUGAGAGCCGUCAAAGGGAUAUUCAUGGACAGAGAUUGACGUUCCUUUCGGGGUUGCGGAGUGAGUUGGAAGACCAGAACCUGAGCUUGAGGAUUAGUACCGCCGUUCUGGAUCAGGCUCUGCUGGAAGCGGCGUCGAGUCAGCCUGAUGGGAAGCCGCUGGAUUAUCUACUGCCGUGCUGGAAACGGGUGACGCGGCUGCACAAAGGCUUUCGAAAAGCUCGCAAUAAUGAUCCCAAGUUCGAGGUGAUUUGUGAGGCGCGGCGGUUGUGUAUGAGCUAUGCAGCGUUUGCUCUUACUAUGCCGGAGAUGUUCGGUCUUGAGCCAACUGGGCGGUCGCCACUCAAGCCAUAUCUCCUCCUAGACCCGGAAGAUGACAAGGGCGUGGAUCUCGAGUUCUUAAGCGAGGCUGUCAAGAGGUUCGAGGAGGAUGAGACCAUUAAGCCUGCUUUUAUUGCGGCUGUUGAGGAACUGAGUCGGGAACUCUCCUCGAUGGGGAUCAAUGAUGAUUACAAGCCAUACGUGACUUCCUUUUCUCAACUGCCGCAGGCUCUGCGAAACCUCGUUCGCCAUUCCGCCAUUGCCUCUGCUAUCACAGAGUCGUCCAUCUUCAACCACACACGGGAUCCCGCUUCAUUCGAAAAAGAGACCCUCCUCGGACCAUGGUUUCGCCUUUCGCCCUUGCAGGGUGACGCUACGAUGUCUUUCUUCUCCGCCCCGAAGUCGAGAGACCAAGGCUACAUCCUAAAUGCUCAGCGGUCGAUUCGCAUGGUCCAAGAAUUGCUCAGCUCUGAUAUCCUAGAUAUCAUCAAUCAUAUGGUUCGAGCUUCAGCAGAAGCGAGAAAUAGGAUUUUGGACUGGUUUGCGGCGGCUCUGAACAUCAACCACAAGCGAAGGGCGAUGCAGGUAGAUCCGGCUACUGUUUCUUCUGACGGGUUCAUGUUCAAUCUUACCACUUGUCUUGAUCAUCUCUGUCAACCGUUUAUGGAUGCGAACUUCACUAAAAUCGACAGGAUCGAUAUUGAGUAUCUGCAUCGGAACCCUCGUGUUGACAUGAGAGACGAGACCAAAAUCAAUGCUGACCAGCACGCUUCUGAUGCCUUUUAUGCAAAGAAGUCUGAAGGCACAUCCAACUUUAUCACCGAAAUUUUCUUUCUGACGGCUGCGGCCCAUCAUUAUGGUAGUGAAUCGCUGACCUCUAAACUGGAUACGCUUGAGAGAGACCUGAAGCACAUGGAAACUACUCUUGUUAAACUUGAGGCUGAGCGACCUAAAUGGUCGAACUACCCGGCUCAGCUUAGGUUGUUCGAGAUACAACUGAAGAGGUUCAAAGAUAAACUGGACAUGGGGCUGGCCCUGAAGUACAGUCUCCAAGGCGUAUUGUUCGACGAUCAAUGGCAGUUCCGGUCUAUGACUUUCAUGCGUUAUGUUGUUGUCUGGCUGCUCAGGGUGGCUUCGGGCAAAAACUUUCCCAAAGAACAGCUUGUUCUGCCUCUUCCAGAACAACCGCCUGAAGUGUUCAAGUGUCUCCCUGAGUACUUUGUGGAUGAUAUUGUCAGCAACUUCAAGUUCAUCAUGUGGUGUAUGCCGCAGAUCAUUACGGCAACCCAAGGUGACGAGCUCGUUAUGAUGUGCAUUGCCUUUUUGGAGUGCUCAGAGUAUAUCAAGAAUCCCUAUCUUAAAGCAGGCCUCGUUUCGAUCCUGUACCGAGGGACAUGGCCUCGCCCUGGUGGCGCAACAGGUGUCCUGGUCGACCUAUUGAACUCGAUGCCCUUUGCUAAUGAGUAUCUGCUGCACGCUUGCAUGAACUUUUACAUUCAAGCCGAGCACACGGGUGCCCAUACUCAGUUCUAUGACAAAUUUAACAUUCGGUACGAGAUCUUCCAGAUUAUCAAGUGUGUAUGGCCCAACACGCUCUACCGAGCGAAGCUCCUCAACCAGGCCAAGCACCACCUGGAUUUCUUUGUUCAGUUCGUCAACUUGCUUCUCAACGAUGUCACCUAUGUUCUCGACGAGUCGUUUGGCAGUUUCAAGACCAUCUACAACACUCAGCUGGAGUUGCGCAAUGAGGGAGCUAGCAUGGAUCCUGCCGUCCGCCAGGAGAAGGAAGAGCGUGUUGCGCAGGCCCAACGUAGCGCCAAGUCGUACAUGCAGUUGACCAACGAGACCGUGGCCAUGCUUAAGCUCUUUACAGAAGCCCUAGCAGACUCGUUCACCAUGCCCGAAAUCGUUCAAAGAUUAGCGGAUAUGCUUGAUUAUAACCUGGAUGCUAUGGUUGGCCCAAAGAGUUCGAAUCUGCGAGUCGAGAAUUUGCACGAAUACGGGUUUAGACCACGUGCGUUGCUGAGUGAGAUUGUGGAUGUCUAUCUGAACUUAAUGGGCAAACAGAACUUCAUUGUUGCCGUCGCCCGUGAUGGUCGCUCGUACAAACCUGCCAAUUUUGAAAAGGCUGCCGAGAUCCUGCGCAAAUGGAAUCUCAAAUCUCCAGAGGAGCUGAAACGUUGGGAUCAGCUUCAACUGAAGGUCAAGGAAGCUAAAGAAUCUGAUGAUCAAGCUGAGGAGGAUCUUGGAGAAAUCCCAGACGAGUUCUUGGACCCCCUUAUGUACACGUUGAUGGAGGAUCCUGUUAUUCUCCCUGCAUCCAAGAUCUCGAUUGAUCGCUCAACUCUCCGUGCUCACUUGCUGAGCGAUCCGCACGAUCCGUUUAACCGAGUCCCAUUGAAGAUGGAAGACGUCGCACCUGAUACCGAUCUUAAGGCCAAGAUUGAGGAGUUCAAACGGCAAAAGAUUGCAGAGCGACGAGCAGCGCAGCAGGGGCAGGUUGACCAGAUGGACACAUCCACAGGCUGA